CCAACUGUAACCAUACAGAGAGAAAGAGGAGGGCUGAAAGGGCAACAAGUUUACAGAAGAGAGUGAGAGAGUGGAGGAAAACUCAGUUUGCAGCAGUUGUAUGUUUGAUAGCAGUGUGCUGAGAUAAACCUAGAAAAACCAUACAGACUGUACAAAAGUCAGAGGAAGAAAGCAGUGGAGACAGGCUAAAAUAAACCACAAGAUGGAGUACAAAGUGACCGUGGCUACAGGCACCUUAGAGUACUCAGGUACUAAUAACUCUGUGUAUGUAACCCUGGUGGGGGAGAAUGGAGAGAGUGAGAGAACACUGCUGGACAAACCAGGCCUGGAUCUGUAUAAAGGCGCGGUUGAUGACUACAUAGUCCGGAGCUCAGCUCCUCUGGGUCGUGUGAUCCUUGUACGCUUAGAGAAGCAGAAGUACUUUUUGUUUUUGGAAGACAACUGGUAUUGCAAUUACGUAAAAGUCACACCACCAGGAGGGGGAAACACACAAACCUUCCCCUGCUACUGCUGGUUAGUGGGGGAUUCUAAAAUAGAAGUACGUGAAGGCACAGCUAAAAAGCUGUCUGAUGAGAUUCUGGCUCAGGAACUGGCUCAUAGACAGGCACAAUUGAAGGAGAGACAGAAAACGUACCGAUGGCAAGUCUGGGCUCCAGGAAUUCCCAAAUGCAUAGACGCCAAAUCCUUGGCAGAUCUUCCCCAGGAUGCUCGCUUUGCCGAUGAGAAGCGCAGUGACUUUGAAAGAUCACUUCAAUUUGCACUUUUGGAGCUGUCUCUAAAGAAGCUGGUCAUCAGUUUUGGGAGGUCAUGGGAAGAUCUGGAUGAUUUUAAACAAACAUUUUGGAAAUUACGGAGUCCCAUUGCUGAAUACGUUAUGGAACAUUGGAAAGAGGACUGGUUUUUUGGCCAUCUGUUCCUGAAUGGGUCAAAUCCACGGAGGAUCCAGAGGUGCAGUCAACUGCCUUCCAACUUCCCCGUCUCUGGAGACAUGGUGCAGGCCUCCUUAAGCCCCAACACCACCCUGAAUAAAGAGCUCAAGGCUGGGAAUAUAUACCUUGUUGACUAUGGUAUACUGGAAGGCGUCCCUGCGAAUGUGAUCAGAGGGAAAAAGCAAUAUAUAGCAGCUCCUUUGUGUUUACUAUAUGAACAUCCAGACAACGGCCUCAUUCCCAUUGCAAUACAGCUUGAACAGAAUCCUAGUAAGGACACACUCAUCUUCCUCCCUGACGAUCCACCUCUGGCUUGGUUAUUGGCUAAAAUGUGGGUCCGUCAUGCUGAAUUUCAGGUCUUCCAGGUGCUGUCGCACCUACUGCGAACUCACCUUAUAGCAGAGGUGUUCUGUGUGGCCACACUGCGUCACCUCCCUGCAGUCCACCCUAUAAACAAGCUGCUUACUCCUCAUCUGAAGUACACUCUGGAGAUAAAUUGCCGUGCACGCACAAAGCUCAUCUCUCUGGGUGGCAUCUUUGAAAAGGUGGUGUCUACAGGUGGUGAAGGGCUGCUGGUGCUGUCUCAAAAGGAGUGUAAGAUCAUGAACUAUCGCUCUCUCCAACCCCGCUAUGACUUCAUAGAUCGUGGUGUUACAAAACUCAAUAAAUACUUCUACAGAGAGCACACACUGAUGCUUUGGGACGCCACUGAGAAGUUUGUCUCCAGCAUAGUGUCUCUAUAUUACACAAGUGACAAUGAAGUGGUGCAGGAUUCAGAACUGCAGGCAUGGAUUAAGGAUGUGGUUGAGGAAGGCUUUGUAAAUGUUCCUCAAUUUGGACUGCCUAAUAAACUAAAGAAUAAACAGGAGCUGAUCACUGUUUUGAGUGUGGUCAUCUUUACCACCACUGCACAACAUGCAGCAACCAACAAUGCGCAGUUUGACUUUUGUUCCUGGGUGCCCAACACACCUUGCACCAUGCGCCAGCCUCCGCCCACAGACAAAGACAGUGUCACUAUGGAGUUAAUCAUGAACACAAUCCCGGAUAUCAGCCAGUCAUGUGUACAGAUGGCAAUCACUUGGCUUUUAGCAAGAACUCAGCCAGACGCAAUACCUCUGGCACAGUACAAGGAACAGUACUUCACUGAGCCAGCAGCCCAAAAGAUGAUUGAUAACUUCAGGCAGGAUCUGAAGGACAUCGAAGAGGAGAUUCUGAAGCAGAAUAAGGGUCUCGAACCACCAUAUCUCUAUCUGUGUCCUAGCCGAAUGGAAAAUAGCAUUACCAUAUAGAGACUUGAGACUUGAAAACAAUUAGAGAGGCAAAAAAGCUGCCUUAAAUAUAUUUUUUAGAUAUUGUGAAAGGGACAUUUUGUAUGCUUGUUUGAAACAAGAAGAAUAGAUUUGUUGUAAUUCUAUAUGUUUCAGAUAUGUUGUAUUUUUGUGGUAUUAAUUUUACACUCUGAAUCAAUAAACUGGAAACACUGUAAUGCAUUUAACCACCAAGAAAAGAUAGACAGAGAUAUUAGGAACUACAGUUUUAUUUCUGUAAUUACAAAGUGUUACAAAUAAAAUAAUGGAUCA